ACGUAAAUAUCUCUUAUUAAAGAGUAUUAUCAACUUAAAAAUUUCUUCCACUGGUUUUGUGGAAGAAAUCUAUUAAUUUUUCGGUAAAUUAUCUAAAUUCUCAAGUGAAAUUUGCAACAAAACAACAUGACCAUUACCAACGAUGUAGUUCUGCCGGAAGAAUCGGAGUUAACUGUUCAAGAAAUUAAUUUAUCGACUCCAACAUUACAUGCAGGCUCUUUCCAUUUAGGAAAAUAUUGUGAAGAAGUGAAUAAUGAAUUUAUGCUAUGUCGCUUUGAAGAGAAAGAUCCUAGAAAAUGUAUAAAUGAGGGCAAAGCUGUCACAGCUUGCACUCUUGAGUUCUUUAGGAAGGUGAAGAAAACCUGUCUGGCUGAGUUUAAUCAAUAUGCCCAUUGCAUUGACAAGAGUUCUGGAGAUAUGUCACUUCGACAGUGUCGCAAGACACAGGGUGUAUUUGACCAAUGCAUGUUGGAAAACCUGAAUUUGGAGCGUCCACCAUUUGGGUACUUCACUGAAGUUAGAGUUCAUGCUACUAAGAGACCCAAGCCUUCUAUUGAAGGAAAAGCUGUAUACCCAGAUGCAACCCCAGCUCUACCAGAAAAUGCAGAGAAGAAACCUCCUCGAUUUGGCAGCCGAUUCUACUGGAUGACCGAAUAAAUAACAAAUUUGAUCAGAAUAAUAAAAGUCUUUACAAUAUCAAGUGUUUGAAGAAUUUUUUUUUAUGUCUGACAAAUAGGUGAUAUUAUGUAGUUUUUAUUAUUCUGUUUGAAAAUUGAAAUGAAAGAGUAACUCAGUGAUAAAACACAAAAGAUCAAUAGCAGUAAUUCUAAGCGUAGUUUUUUUGAUGUGUUACUUUAUUUUCAUUCAGUGUAAUAUUUAAUUGUAGUUAAUUAAAUCUGUUGAAAUUU